UUAAAUUAAGCAUGGACUCAGCUUCCACCAACCCACCUUUCCACAAGGCAUUCAAAACCCUCAUGGAAAAGACACAAAGAGAAAGGGAGGGUUUUGAUGAGACUGAGUUGGUGGAAAUUGAGGAAUGCGAGCUUCCGGUGAUUGAUCUCAGCCCUUUAUUUGAAGAGAAUGAUGAUGAGGUGGCGAGGGAAGAGUGCAAGAGUGAAAUAGCUAGGGCUUCAAAAGAGUGGGGGUUUUUCCAUGUUGUGAAACAUGGGAUUUCCAGUGAGGUUUUGAAUGGUUUGAGAAUUGAACAAGAAAAGGUUUUUAAGUUACCCUUUGAUGUGAAGAAGAACAACAACGACUUCAACUUCUUCGCCGGUAGCUACCGCUGGGGCAGCCCUACAGCAACCAACAUUAAGCAGUUUUCUUGGUCAGAAGCAUUUCAUAUACCUUUGGCUGAUAUAAUGGGUUCCACAACUUCUACUACUACUGGACCCAACAACACUCUUACAUACAGAAUCGAACAAUUUGCUUGGGAUGCUUAUAAUCUGGCACAAACUUUAGCUGAUAUCCUUGCUGAAAAAAUUGGUGAACAGAACUCAAAAUUCUUUCGGGAGAAUUGCUUGCCCACCACUUGUUAUCUUCGGAUGAAUCGAUAUCCUCCAUUUCCCAUGGCUUCACCUUCUCAGGUUCAUGGACUUAUACCACAUACUGAUAGCUGUUUCCUUACCAUCUUAUUGCUUCAAGAUCAAGUCAGAGGCUUACAAUUGGUCAAAGAUGGUAAAUGGAUUGCAGUCAAACCAAACCCUCAUGCUCUCACAAUCAACAUUGGUGACUUAUUUCAGGCUUGGAGCAACGGUGUAUACAAGAGUGUUGAGCAUCGAGUUGUGACGAACCCAGAAUUUGAAAGGUUCUCAACUGCAUAUUUCUUUUGCCCCUUUAAUGAGACUGUUAUAGAGAAUUGCAGCAAGCAGCCUUCAGUUUACAGGAGAUUUAGCUACCAAGAAUAUAGACAGCAAGUUCGUGAUGAUGUUCAGAAGUUUGGCACCAAAAUAGGGUUACCCAAUUUUCUCCUUCAUAAUACUUGGUGUAGAACUAGUGGGUGAAAGAAAAUAUAUAAUUUUAAUUUCCACUACAAUUAUUAUCCGAACUAUAUCUGUUAUAUAUAACAAAAUAAAUGAAUAAAAGCCAAGUUCAAUAU